UAGGAGAGAUCUAAGAGAUUGCAAUAGAAAGAAAAUGUGAGGCCGGGUGUGGUGGCUGCCUGUAAUCCCAGCACUUUGAGAGACUGAGUGCUGCCCAAGUUUGAAGUUAACGGUCAAUGCACCACAAACAGUAACUAUUUCAAAUGAUGAAUUCCAAGUGGAUGUAUGUGCUAAUUGGAAAAUGGUUGUGUUUCUCAAAUUGUAAAUACAGAAGUCUUCCAACUCUACCGUUCGGGAUUGUUCAUGACAUUUCAUGUCGCUGUAAUUGUUACAGAAUCUGGGACAGGUAUGCAGAUCAGUGAGAAGACCUCAGUUUUUAUCACUCAGUUGCUUGGAACUGUAAACUUUGAGAACAUGGAUACUUUCUAUAGAAGAGGGAUUUCUUAUUUUGGAACUCUUAAAUUUUUGGAUCCCAAUAAUGUACCUAUGGUGAACAAGUUGUUGCAACUGGAGCUCAAUGAUGAAUUUAUAGGAAACUACACUACAGAUGAGAAUGGCGAAGCUCAAUUUUCCAUUGACACUUCAGACAUAUUUGAUCCACAGUUCAACCUAAAAGCCACAUAUGUUCGACCUAAGAGCUGCUAUCUUCCCAGCUGGUUGACGCCUCAGUACUUGGAUGCUCACUUCUUAGUCUCACGCUUUUACUUCCGAACCAACAGCUUCCUGAAGAUUGUUCCAGAACCGAAGCAGCUUGAAUGUAAUCAGCAGAAGGUUGUUACUGUGCAUUACUCCCUAAACAGUGAAGCAUAUGAGGAUGAUUCCAAUGUAAAGUUCUUCUAUUUGAUGAUGGUAAAAGGAGCUAUCUUACUCAGUGGACAAAAGGAAAUCAGAAACAAAGCCUGGAAUGGAAACUUCUCGUUCCCAAUCAGCAUCAGUGCUGAUCUGGCUCCUGCAGCUGUCCUGUUUGUCUACACCCUUCACCCCAGUGGGGAAAUUGUGGCUGACAGUGUCAGAUUCCAGGUUGACAAGUGCUUUAAACACAAGGUUAACAUAAAGUUCUCUAAAGAGCAGGGCUUACCUGGUUCCAAUGCUAGUCUCUAUCUUCAAGCGGCCCCUGACUCAUUCUGUGCCCUCGGGGCUGUGGAUAGGAGCGUCCUUCUACUGAAAUCUGAACAACAGCUGUCAGCUGAAAGUGUGUAUAACAUGGUUCCAAGUAUAGAGCCGUAUGGUUAUUUCUACCAUGGCCUCAAUCUUGAUGAUGGCAAGGAAGACCCUUGCAUUCCUCAGAGGGAUAUGUUCUACAGUGGUUUAUAUUACACACCUGUAAGCAACUAUGGGGAUGGAGAUAUCUAUAAUAUUGUCAGGAACAUGGGUCUAAAAGUCUUUACCAAUCUCCAUUACCGAAAACCAGAAGUAUGUGUGAUGGAGAGAAGGCUGCCACUCCCUAAGCCGCUUUAUCUAGAAACAGAAAAUUAUGGUCCAAUGCAUAGUGUUCCGUCUAGAAUUGCAUCUAGUGGAAUCAGAGGGGAGAAUGCUGACUAUGUAGAACAGGCUAUAAUUCAAACAGUAAGAACAAACUUCCCAGAGACAUGGAUGUGGGACCUCGUCAGUGUCGAUUCCUCAGGCUCUGCCAAUCUUUCGUUCCUCAUUCCUGAUACGAUAACCCAGUGGGAGGCAAGUGGCUUUUGUGUGAAUGGCGAUAUUGGAUUUGGCAUUUCCUCUACAACCACUCUAGAAGUCUCCCAAGCUUUCUUUAUUGAAAUUGCCUCACCCUUUUCGGUUGUUCAAAAUGAACAAUUUGAUUUGAUUGUCAAUGUCUUCAGCUACCCGAAUACAUGUGUAGAGAUUUCUGUUCAAGUGGAGGAGUCUCAGAAUUAUGAAGCAAAUAUUCAUACCUUGAAAAUCAAUGGCAGUGAGGUUAUUCAAGCUGGAGGGAGGAAAACAAACGUCUGGACUAUUAUACCUAAGAAAUUGGGUAAAGUGAAUAUCACUGUAGUUGCUGAGUCCAAACAAAGCAGUGCUGUCCCAAAUGAAGGAAUGGAGCAGCAAAAGCUAAACUGGAAAGACACUGUGGUCCAAAGCUUCUUAGUAGAGCCUGAAGGUAUUGAAAAGGAAAGGACCCAGAGUUUCCUUAUCUGUACAGAAGGUGCCAAAGCCUCCAAGCAGGGAGUUUUGGACUUGCCAAACAAUGUAGUAGAAGGGUCAGCCAGAGGCUUUUUCACUGUUGUGGGGGAUAUUCUAGGACUUGCCAUGCAGAAUCUGGUUGUUCUCCAAAUGCCCUAUGGAAGUGGAGAGCAGAAUGCUGCCCUACUAGCAUCUGAUACUUAUGUUCUGGACUAUCUGAAAUCUACUGAGCAACUGACAGAGGAAGUUCAAUCUAAGGCUUUCUUUCUCUUAUCUAAUGGUUAUCAAAGGCAAUUAUCUUUCAAAAACUCUGAUGGUUCCUAUAGUGUGUUUUGGCAUCAGAGUCAGAAAGGAAGCAUAUGGCUCAGUGCUCUUACUUUUAAGACAUUGGAGAGAAUGAAAAAAUAUGUAUUCAUUGAUGAAAAUGUUCAAAAACAGACCUUAAUCUGGCUUUCAAGCCAACAGAAAACAAGCGGCUGCUUUAAGAAUGAUGGCCAGCUUUUCAACCACGCCUGGGAGGGUGGAGAUGAAGAGGACAUUUCACUCACUGCAUAUGUUGUUGGGAUGUUCUUUGAAGCUGGGCUCAAUUUCACUUUUCCUGCUCUACAAAACGCACUCUUUUGCCUUGAAGCGGCAUUGGACAGUGGUGUCACUAAUGGCUACAAUCAUGCAAUUCUAGCUUACGCUUUUGCCUUAGCUGGAAAAGAGAAGCAAGUGGAAUCUUUACUCCAAACCCUGGAUCAAUCUGCCCCAAAACUAAAUAAUGUCAUCUACUGGGAAAGAGAAAGGAAACCCAAGACAGAAGAAUUUCCAUCCUUUAUUCCCUGGGCACCUUCUGCUCAGACUGAGAAGAGUUGCUACGUGCUGUUGGCUGUCAUUUCCCGGAAAAUUCCUGACCUCACCUAUGCUAGUAAGAUUGUGCAGUGGCUUGCCCAACGGAUGAAUUCCCAUGGAGGCUUUUCUUCCAACCAGGCCACCCUUAAGUACAAUGUUCUCCUACCUAAGAAGGCAUCUGGAUUUUCUCUUUCCUUGGAAAUAGUAAAGAACUACUCUUCGACUAUUUUUGACCUCACAGUGACUCUCAAAUACACUGGGAUUCGCAAUAAAUCCAGUAUUGUGGUUAUAGAUGUAAAAAUGCUAUCAGGAUUUACUCCAACCAUGUCAUCCAUUGAAGGGCUUGAAAACAAGGGCCAAGUGAUGAAGACUGAAGUCAAGAAUGACCAUGUUCUUUUCUACUUGGAAAAUGUUUUUGGUCGAGCAGACAGUUUCCCUUUUUCUGUUGAGCAGAGCAACCUUGUGUUCAACAUUCAGCCAGCCCCAGUCAUGGUCUACGAUUAUUACAAAAAAGAAGAAUAUGCCCUAGCUUUUUACAACAUCGACAGUAGUUCAGUUUCCGAGUGAGACAAAGCAAUUACUGGAAGAGGUGGAGAAGCAUUUCUUGUAACAAACCAAUUCUUCUGUAUCAAACCUGGAAAAAAAAUCAUGAACCAUCUGACAUCGUGAACAGUCUGCAGUGGGCUAUGGUUUCUUGUCAAGUCUUAUUUCCUUAUCAUCCCAUUAAAUGUUGUCAUUUUGCAUCUGA